AUGUUGAGUAAGCCUCUUGAUGUGCGCACUAUUAUUUCUAGAACUAAGGUUGAAUGGAAGUUUGUGAAGGGUGAUAUAGAGUUUCUUGAUAUGGGUAAUCAUUGGAUUUUACUAAAAUUUGCUAAACCUAAUGGUUUGUUUCUUGUUUGGUCGGAACGGCCAUGGCAUGUUCAAGGUGAACUGUUUGUUUUGCAAGCUUGGAGGCCAAAUUUUGACCCUUUCCUUGAAGAAACUAAGUGGGUGAAUCUUUGGAUUCGUAUCCCCAGAUUCCCUACUGAGUUGCUUAAUUUUGAGUCUCUUGCUAAUCUCUUUGUUGCUAAUAAUGUGGGGGUGCUUAUCAAACUGGAUUAUAGCUCUUUAUUAAGAAACAAAAUUCGUUUUGCCCGCGCUUGUAUCCGUGUUGAUAUUACUGCCCCUCUCCUUGAGUAUGCUGAAUUGUCCCAUGUUGUGGGGCAAGUAUGUGGGUAUGUUAUUUGGUAUAAGGACUUUAGUUCUGGGUGUUCUUUUUGUGGAUGUGAAGAGCAUACUAUUGAUGUGUGUCCAUUAUUGCAUGCUCCUAAAAAAGAGAUUACUGUUUCGCUUUUGAAAAGUCCCAAAACAAAAGUACUUGGCUGA